CUCUAAUUAACAUACAAUGCUGGAGGCCUUGGGGGCUUCGGCUUUUAGGUUCUUCAUUGGAUUGGUGCCCCGGCCGGCUGGGCUAAUUUUUUUCACUGAAAAAAAAAAUUAUACUAAGACGAGCGUAAGUGUUUUUAAGAAAAAAAUCUCCGAGGAACUCGUAUAUUUGAAAACAAAUUAUUUUGGUUUUGAAACUUGUUGUGGAUGGAUCAGCCACGGGUAUGUGAAAAAUUUUAUCAGCAUUGCAGGUGGAUUGGUGCAGGAGCUUUUGGUAAGGUGUACCAGGCUAUCGACACCAAAAUCAACUGCGUUGUAGCUUUGAAGCUUACAGAGCUUGAAGGUGAUGGUAAUGAUGGAGGUGUACCGGCUGUGUCACUCAGAGAGAUGUCCGUCCUGAAGGAGAUGGACCAUGAAAACAUUAUUAAGUUGUUGGAUGUGGUGCACCAAGAUGGCAAGAGAUUGACUCUAGUUUUUGAAUUUAUGGAUGGAGAUUUGCUCGAAUUUAUGAAAGCACACCCAGAUCGUUUCAGUGACUCAAAUCUAAUCAAAAGACUCCUUGGUCAAAUUCUCUCUGCUGUUGAUCAUUGUCAUUCUCGAAGGGUUUUCCAUCGAGAUUUGAAACCAGCAAAUUUGCUAGUAAAUCAGAAAAAUUACACACUGAAAGUUGCUGAUUUCGGAUUGGCUAAAGCAUUCAGCAUUCCACAAAAAAAAUGCACGCCUCAGUGCAUAACGCUUGCGUACAGAGCACCAGAAGUAUUGCUGGGAUCAACAGAACAUUAUGUUGCUGCUGAUAUGUGGUCGGUAGGAUGCAUAUUUGCUGAGAUGGUGAAUCAGGAGCGAUUGUUUGAUACCGUGAAUUUGAAGAGGGACCCUGAUAGAGAUUUUAAGAAGGAGCAAUUGAGCUUAAUUUUCAGUAUACUGGGUACUCCAGAGCAGGAUUCGUUUAUUGGAAUCACUUUUCCUGAUUGUCUGUCUAACUUCCCAGAGCAUCAGCCUCCGGAACUGAGAGUUGUUGUUCCAACACUUGGAUCAACUGGAAUCGACCUUCUUUCGAAAAUGCUAUGCUUGGAUCCUGAAAGAAGAAUAACCGCUGCUGCUGCGCUUCGUCAUGAGUACUUCCGGGAUAUUGCAGGGCAGUAAGAAUUGCAAAUUGAAUUAACUGGACUAGUAAUUUUUCACUCUUAUCUUCUCUAGUUUGAAUGUUGGAAAACUUGUUCUUCGUGCAUGUGUUGUGUGUGUUACAGUAUGUAGGUGAAUGAGGGGAUGGAUUUUGAUCUCAGAGUUCAGUAGUCAAUUGUGUUUCAUGUCCAAGGAUAGUCAAUAGUAUGAAAUAUAAAAAUACAAGUCAGCUUGUUCCCGGCUA